AUGACCGUUGUGGCCAACAAGUCCUACAGCCUCCUUGCUGUCGCUCGAGUCGUUAAGGCAAUGGCGGGCGUGAGGGCGGCUGCCUUCGCGUCGGCAGACCGAGGGCCAGAAGAGGACCAGUUCACAGCAGACAUGAGCAGCAGUCACAGGACAGGGGUGACCCUCCUCGCCUCGGCACUCGGAGCGCGGGGUCACUCUCCAACCUUUACCCACCCCAAUAAACUCCUCAAGCAAAUGGUGCCAACUUGGGCCUCCUAUUGUGGACAAGAUGAAGCUGUACUUCCUUUUGUUUACCUUCGUGUUGGUGCGCGGGAGCUGGCCGGACCGCCCGGCGAUGACGCGCUGUCCCUCGAGGCCGACGGGACGGCCGCGGAGGCGCAGUUGGCGAGGAGCCUGCGGGACUUCGACGAAGAAAGGGACUUGAGGAGAUUCAGCUUCGGGAAAAUGCUCGCCGAAAUUGGGAAGAUCGGAAAGUCCAAAAAGAAACUACUCGAGGAGAGCGAAGACAGCGAAUAUCAGGAAGAUCAAGAGAAACGACGACUUAAGAAGUUGAAAGGGAAAAUGGAAAUGUUGAAGAACCAAAUGAAGGAGCUGAAUGAGAACAUGAAAAAGGCGAAGAACCAAAUGAGAAGCUGAAUGAGAAUGGAAAAAACGAAG